AUGGAUUUUGAGAAAGAAGAGCUUAGAUCCAUUCCUAUAUGGGUGCCGAUUAGAAUUGGUCUAAAAUAUUGGGGUGAGAAAUCACUUUUCAAAAUUUUAGCUCAAAUUGGCCAGCCAGUGCAGUGUGAUGAUGCUACACUCAAGAGAGAUAAAGUGAAAUAUGCUAGGGUCUUAGUUCGAGUAAAACUCGAUCAAACUGUUCCUAAUUCUGUAGCCUUCUUGGAUGAAAAUGGUGGGAAGCAAGAGUGUCAUGUGCAGUAUGAAUGGAAGCCCAAACAAUCUGUUGUGAAGUCUGUGGCACCAGAGAAUCAAAAGUCUUCUCAAUUUCUAGUAGAUGCAGAGGGCUUUCAGAUGGCUCUUAGGCCAAUUAAAUUGAAAACUACAAAUAUUGCAACUACUAGCACAGAUAAUGCAUUUGAUAUCCUAUUGAAUGUAGUAGAAGGGGAAGAGGGAGCUCUUCCAUCAACAAUGGAUAGAAUCUUAAUUUGGAAUGUCCGGGGGCUCAAUAAUCCUAAGAAGCAGUUAGAUGUUAGGACUUGUGGGGCUCUUGGAGACAAAGGUAAAGGCCUCCAAUCUAGGGAGCCUUUAUCAGAAUGUUUUUGGAGGCUGGGAUCUAGUCAAGCUAUUCAUUGUCAAGUUAGUCCUAAGAAGAGAAUUGUUUUGAAGCAUCAUAAUACAAAUGACUCAUGGAUAAUUGGUGGGGACAUGAAUUGUGUGAUGAAUGUGGAAGAAAGAAUUGGGGCUCCAAUGAGAAGACAUGAAUUAGAAGAUAUCAACCAGUGUAUGCAUGAGUGUAAUAUGGUUGAUGUUAAAGCUACUGGGAAUCUUUUCACUUGGAACAAUAAACAACAAGGAGAGGCUCGAGUCAUUUCUAAAAUUGACAGAGUAAUGGCAAAUCCAGCUUGGCAGGCUCAAUAUUGUAAUGCUGAGGUGGGCUUUAUGAAUGAAGGCUCUUUUGAUCAUUCUCCAGCCUUGUUGACAGUGUAUCCCAGAGCUAAUUGA